UAAAUUUCCGUGGGAUCGGCUGCACUGGAACUUCCUCUCUUUCACCGCGUUUUUUUCUCUCGAGUCUCUCAGCUCCAGAGCCACGGACUCCCUGCACUUUCCAAUGAAUAAAUAAUAAUAAAUCCCUCCAAAAAAUAAAAACCAAAAAGGAAGAAGAAGAAUAACCAGAAGGAUGGCUUUAACGACGUCGCUAACGGCGGCGGUUCCGUUGACGGCGUUUCGUGAUAAUAGAGGAGUAGUAAAGACGACUACGUAUAGGAUGAAACAGAGGCAACGAGGGAAGCAGCAAGAACAACAACGACAAGUGCUGGCUGUUUUUGGUAAUUUUAGUCAUUUCGGCGAUGCUGUGCGGAGAGACAUGGAGUUCUUGAAAAAAGGAGUUAAAAGGGGAGCGGAAUGGGCAAGCGAAAGUCUUAGGGUUCCUCAGGUGAAGAAAGCUUUGGACGACGUCGUUUGGCUUCGGAAUCUCGAGGAUCCUCACUUCUCUCCGCCUGCGCAACCGCCGCCGUGGCCUCAACCUUAUUAUCCAGAACUCUCUGGUUUGGAUUUGAUGAUGGCUGAUCUAAAGGCAUUGGAAGCUUAUGUUAGUUAUUACUACUACCAGUCAAAAAAAUGGUCAAAGCCACUUCCAGAAGCUUACGAUGCAGAAGAAGUAGUUGAUUAUUUCAGUCGCCGGCCUCAUGUAGUGGCCUUUCGACUUCUUGAGGUGUUCUUGUCCUUUGCCUCUGCUGCAAUUAGAAUUCGAAUGUCAGGGAUCAAAAAGUCCUUGAGACCAGGUUCAGUAAAGGGUGUUGACGAGAACUUUGCACAGUACAACUUUGGAAUGGUGUUAAAGGAAACAAUGUUAAGCCUUGGUCCCACAUUUAUCAAAGUUGGUCAGUCCCUUUCCACAAGACCAGAUAUUAUUGGUCCUGAAAUUUCCAAGGCAUUAUCUGAGCUACACGAUCAAAUUCCUCCAUUCCCCAGGCCUAUGGCUAUGAAAAUUAUUGAGGAAGAUUUAGGUUCUCCUGUUGGAUCAUUCUUUACCUAUAUCUCUAAGGAACCAGUAGCUGCAGCAUCAUUUGGUCAGGUCUACCGUGGGCGUACUAUGGAUGGUUUUGAUGUUGCUGUGAAAGUUCAACGUCCUAAUUUGCUCCAUGUGGUAGUGCGAGAUAUUUAUAUUUUGCGCCUUGGGCUGGGGUUGUUGCAAAAGAUAGCAAAGAGAAAGAAUGACCCUCGUCUAUAUGCUGAUGAGCUUGGGAAAGGUUUAGUUGGGGAACUGGAUUACACUUUGGAGGCUGCCAAUGCUUCUGAAUUUCUGGAUGCUCAUUCACGUUUUUCGUUUAUGCAAGUUCCAAAAGUAUUUAAAGAGUUAACCCGGAAGAGAACUUUGACCAUGGAGUGGAUGGUUGGUGAGAGUCCAACUGAUUUACUUUCUGGAAGUACGAGUAACUCCAUCAAUCAUGACUCUAAAUAUUUAGAGAGGCAGAAAGUUGAGGCAAAAAGGCGUCUUCUUGAUUUAGUGAACAAAGGAGUGGAGGCAUCACUUACUCAACUCCUUGAAACAGGCUUGUUGCAUGCUGAUCCACAUCCUGGAAACUUGCGAUACAUGGCAUCAGGACAGAUAGGGUUUUUGGACUUUGGCUUGCUUUGCCGAAUGGAAAAGAAGCAUCAAUUUGCGAUGCUAGCAUCCAUAGUACACAUAGUAAAUGGUGAUUGGUCAUCCCUUAUUGAAGCUCUGACUGAAAUGGAUGUUGUAAGGCCAGGAACUAAUACCCGGCGCAUUACCAUGGAUCUGGAAGAUGCCCUAGGAGAGGUAGAAUUUAGAGAUGGAAUUCCUGAUGUCAAGUUCAGUAGGGUUCUGGGUAAAAUAUGGACUGUAGCUCUCAAAUAUCAUUUCCGCAUGCCGCCAUACUACACACUUGUUCUACGUUCUCUUGCUUCAUUGGAAGGUUUGGCAGUAGCUGCAGAUCCAGGCUUUAAGACAUUUGAGGCUGCUUAUCCUUACGUUGUCCGCAAACUUCUAACUGAAAAUUCAGCUGGAACAAGGAAAAUUUUACAUUCGGUGGUUUUGAACAAAAAGAAGGAAUUUCGUUGGGAGAGGAUGGCACUUUUCCUGAGAAUAGGUGCAACAAGAAAGAGUUUGCAGUGGGUGGUAGCAUCGAGUGGUGAAACUUCCAUAGAUAAUUUACCAAAUGGAACUAAUGGAGUAUUUGAUGUUGCAUAUCUGUUGCUGAGGCUUUUACCAUCCAAAGAUGGUGUGGUGCUUAGAAGACUUAUAAUGACUGCAGAUGGAGUUUCAUUAGUCCGAGCUCUGGUUUCUAAAGAAGCAAAGGUUUUCCGUGUCCAACUUUGCAGAAUCAUUGCCGAUAUCCUACGCCAAUGGGUGCUUGAAGCUCUUGGGCAAAUUGUGCCAGCAAGCCAGAAUAGUUACCAGUUAAGGCUGGCCAGUGGGCCUGAGAAUAGAGAGCUAGGUCCAUCUUCCAGACCAUUUACACCCACCUUCGACUACCAGUCCCUUUUGAAGGAUAGACGACUGAAGGUGAUCUUCUUCAAGAUCCUAAACUCUGCAAGAAAGGAACCUGCAUUGCUGCUAAGGUUUUACUGGACUUCAUUUGUAAUGUUCAUCGCUGCUUCAGCCCUGGCUUUUCAUCGGCUUUUAAUCUCUUUGUCUGAAGCCUACCUGGGAACAUUGCCAUUUGCUCCCAAACGGUAUGCAAUGAGCACAUGAACCUUCAGUUGAAACCAGCAGAGAGCCUAUUCUUUUUCCACAAAAGUAUUCUUCAAAGCAACAACGAGAGCUGAUCUUUGGGAGAGUGAAGCUAACAUGGUCAAGACUAUUCUUCGGAGUUGGAUUAUAUGGCAUUUCUUGGAUGAGUAAUCUUCCUUGGUAUAUCUAUGGAAAUAAAGCCACCUUUUAUUGACGUUGCCAAUUUGCCAAAGAUGCAACAUGUGGAUAAAUUCACUGUUUCAAGCCUUGAAAGACAUACGGAGGGGAGAUUUCAACACUUUGUCGCCGGUGUUCUGGCAGCCAUGUUUACCAUAUUCAGAGGUAACUGUACAUUUUCAAGCUUACCAGUAAUGAUUUUGGCAAAAAGUUAGAUUCUACAUGUAAGUGUUAGAAUAUAUUUGUAGUAUGUGUAUAUGUUUAGGAUAUAAAGGUCAUUAAAUAUAAUUUUUAUGUAUUAUAUAAACUAAUGUACCAAAACCCUAAGAAUUACUAGAAUAUUUUUUCUAC